AUGACCGAAGCCAAAUUAUCAAAUGAACCCACCGUUAAAUCAGAUAAAAAAGUGAACAAAUAUGAAAACCUCCUGCGUCCAGUUAACACUUUUCUUAACGAUUUUUUCUCACGCGGACCUUUGCACGGCAUUUCUAACUUGGGGAAAUCGCUACUUCAUCUGGGAGAAAAAUUGAUGUGGAUAAGCCUGAUCACCGUCUCGUUAUACUUUUGCGCCACGUUGAGUCUUGAGUCGUGGGAGCGUUUUCAAACCAAGAGUACGGUGGUAACAAUCGAAAAAGACCACUACUAUUGGAACAUUUCGAUGCCCAGCCUAACAAUAUGUCCGAUGAAUAGAAUAGAACAGGAUGCGUUCGACCAUUUUUGUCUAAACAGCAUUAACCACAAGGAUGAACAAAAGGAAAUAUAUAAUUUCAUCGAGUCAUUGGCGAACUCUACCUACAUAAAUUUUGAAGACAUCAAAGGUUCUCCGAAUAUUGAUCGAAUACUAUCAAUGUUACGAAUCGAACCUAAAGAUUACAUGCGACUGAUAGCCAAUCUAACGAAAGAUCUAACCAGGCGGGAUCAUCCGGAAUUUCGCGUGCGCAGUCAGAACAAUAUGGAGUACAUCCGUACGUUGCAAACGCUAACCGAGUUCGGUAUUUGCUAUACAACCAACAGCUUUAUAUCUCCCAAUUUAACAACAAGUCAACUGCUGAAAGGACAGCCACCGGACGAGAACUACUUCUACCGGAAUCAUAAAAUACACGAUGUUCGUUUCGGGAACCUAUUCGACGGUGACAUCACGUACAGUUUUAUUGGUUUCGAUGGACCGGUUUCGGUGUUUUAUCACAGUCCGUACGACACGAUGAACAUUGCCCGGAUCCUGCCAGCCAGCGUAGAAGCGUACGAGUUUGAAGCGUACUCCAUCGAAAUCGUUACAACGGAAGACUUUCGGGAUGAUACUACCGUUUUCCAACGUGGGUGCCGCUUUCCAUUCGAGUCCAACCUGACUCACUACAAAAUCUACACGAAAGGAACUUGCCGGCAGGAGUGUCGCUUAAAGCUGGCCUACGAACAAUGCGGAUGUAUCCCGCACUUCUAUCCCAACAACAUCAAACAUCCGAAGCCGGUGUGCGAUUACAAGACGCUGCAGAGCUGCUUUGUUCCACGGAAGAAACUUUUUCUAGAGUUCCGCGCCCAGCACAGUACCGGCGAAUCAGUUGAAUGUUUCUGCGAGCAAAACUGCGUCGAUUCGAAAGUCAUCAUCGAAAAGACCCAGGUACUCAAAGGUACGCGGAAACUGCUUGGAAGCAACGGAGGACUAGUCAUUAUGAAGCGAUAUCCGCUUAUCCGAUUCAGCCGACAGGUUUUGUUUACCUUUACCGAUUUGUUGGUUUCCAUCGGUGGCACGGCUGGAUUUUUCCUAGGUUUCAGCGUGUUAGGGAUGGUGGAAAUUAUCUACUUUUUCACACUACGGCUGCUCUGGUACAUACUAGGCCAUCGUUAG